AUGGACGCGAUUAAAAGUCCGUAUUGGAGCCAUAAUUCUCCCGGGCGGCGGUCAAUGGGGUCUCGAAACUCCGUGUUCAAUAGACUAUCGCUGCGUAAGUCUGGUUUCAUGGAAUCCUUGCCCAAAAACUUGCACAAGAAAUGGAAGAUCUCUGACUUUGAGCUGGGACGCAAGCUCGGAAAGGGCAAGUUUGGCAAAGUGUACUGUGUUCGCGAGAUCGAAACAGGCUUUGUUUGUGCGCUUAAGGUGAUGGAUAAACGCGAACUCGUGAACUACAAGGUGGAGAGACAGUUUGUGAGAGAAAUCGAGAUCCAGGCAAAUGUUCGCCAUGUCAACUGUUUACGCCUAUACGGCUGGUUUUACGACCACAAGAACGUGUACCUUAUUCUUGAGUAUGCUGCAGAGGGCGAGCUGUACAAAUUGCUCAAGUCGAAAAAGAGAUUCGACGACGUGACCGCAUCCUAUUAUACCAUACAAGUGGCAAGUGCGCUAAGUUAUUUGCACAAAAAACACAUUGUCCAUCGCGAUUUGAAGCCGGAAAACAUUCUAUUGCAUUUCAACAACCAGAUCAAGCUGUCUGACUUUGGUUGGAGCGUGUAUGCGCCAAGCAACACCAAAAGAACAACAAUGUGCGGAACAUUGGACUAUCUCCCUCCCGAGAUGGUGGAGGCCAAAACGCACGACGAAAAGGUGGACGUCUGGGCGUUGGGAGUGUUGUUAUACGAGUUCCUUGUUGGAAGACCUCCGUUUGAGGAACAGAAUUCCAGCACGACAUAUAAGCGCAUUGCCAAAGUGGACCUUCGCAUUCCCUCGUUUGUUUCUCCAGAAGCAGCAGAUCUCAUUCGCAAAUUACUCACAUACGAGCCAGAAAAGCGUAUCAAGCUUUCUGACAUUGGCAGACACCCUUGGAUCUUGAAAAACCGUCUUCAUUGGCCGUCCACAUUCAUGAAUCUCGACAAAAAUUAA